GGCUGCAGUUAAAUAUGGAGAUAAGUCACAUGUGAAAAUUAUUCAGGAACUGAAACCGUUAAAAACUCAGGUGCGAUAAAGUCUGCUCUGUUAUUAACACACCCAUUGCACAGCUGUGACAUGACUCCAUUGGAUGGUUGGAUUUCAGUCAGUGAAGAGUAAUGCAGUCAGGUUUUAUUGAACUUGGGUUAUGUUAUUGAAAUCCAUCAGAAAUGUCUGCUGUAACUGCGUCGCUCUGCUCCACUUUGCUGUUUGUCGGCCUCGUUGUUGUUGACUCUACAGUUGUGAUAAACAUCCCAGCUGUAUCUGGACAAAGUGCCAUUCUGUCGUGUCGAACUCAAAACAAAUCCGUCAUAGUGGUGGAGUGGAGCAGACCUGACCUCAAGAAUAAGCAUGUCCUUUUUUACCGGGAUGAGCAGUUUGAUACAGACAGCCAGCAUCCAUCUUUUAAGCAGCGGGUGGCUCUGAAGGACAGACAGAUGAAGGAUGGAGACGUGUCUCUCAUCCUGAAGUAUGUGACGAUUAACGACACCGGAACAUACCAGUGUCGUGUUUUCAUUAGAGGGACAAACCGCAGGAAGAGAGCCAUUUUGGAGACUGAGCCCAUCUGCAUCAUCAAACUGAGUGUCUCUGACCCUUCAGGUGAGUCAUUAGAGUUCAGUGUGUCUGUGAUCACCCACCUGACAGCUGACACUCACGCCUGUUUCUCACCUGCAGGACCACCAGGAGGACGAGAGAGGUUUAGACAUAUUGGACUGAUCGCUGCCCUUUUACUUUUCAAUUCGUCAAUGCUUCUUCUUGGAGUUGUUUUUUUCAUCCACAGAAGACGAAAACAACAACAGACUCACGGCUCACAGAAGCCUCCUGGUAUUUCAUUGGACGAUGACCAGCGUCAUGCAUCUGCUCCAUGUAUGUUUCUGCCUUGCAAUUUGUGAUUGGCAGGAUUAACCUUAAUGCAGUGAUGUUACUGUGAUUCUAUUGGCUCAAAUGAUUAAAAGGAGGGUCGAUGAUGAAAAUAGCCCAGAAGAAGCCGAAG